UAAAAGACGGGAGAACCGUCCCGUUAGCGACUUCCCAGAUCCUUCUCUUCAUGCAGAGCCACAGCCCAAGAUCAACAAGCAUCUCUCGCGCCUUAAAGCCUUGAUUACAUAGCCCUUUUUGCUGUAAAGACACGCAAUCGAGCCUCUUUAUCAACCAACAUGCGUCCCUCCACGGCCCUCCUCUCUAGCCUCCUCGGCCUUGCCACCGCCAUGUCCAGCGGCGAGGAGUUCACCUCCAGCGGCACUCCCGACGGGGGCUUCACCAUCCCCAAGGGCUUGCCCGACGGCAUCUACUCCGUCUCGGUUGACGAGGCCGGGGUGGCGCACCACACCACUGUCAGCACCCUCUCGUCCCGGUCGGAGGGUGCCGCCCCCCUCGACGUGCUCGGUGCCGUCAAGCGCAGGCGCUCGGGCGGCGCCACGCUCCAGAAGCGCGACUGGGGCUUCGACUGCGGCGGCGGGAGGGAAAUGAACCACCAGGCCACCGACACGGCCGUGGACCUGCUCCGGCGGGAGUGCGGCGGCGGCAAGACCGUGGGCGUGGGCACGCAUCUGUACGGCAUCGGCAACUCGGGCGGCCACCAGGUCGCCGCCUUCUUCUGCCUCUUCGACCACAACCCCAGCGAGCGCGCUUGCUACAAUUCGGAAGCCGGGCUGCGGUACGAAGCCAUCACUCAGGUUUGCGGAUGGUACCGCGAGGGCUGGACCGACUGGUAUAGCGGCUCUACUAAGGAGUACACGUACGGAUACCACCUGGUCGACGACAACAAGAACUUCUGCGGUAGGAACCACUAGUGGGUGCUGGACAAGGCGUCGGUGGGACCGGCGACGAAAUUAUGUCUACAGAGUGCCCAUGUCUGGGCUCUGAGGCUAGUGUCCCAAAGACUUCGUCGUUUUGUCAGCAUAUGGCAAGGAGUCUGGGCGUAGGUGUGCGUCAGCGGUGGUGGCGGAAAUGAGUUUCUUCUUCUACCUAUAGCGGAGUUGGCCCAGUAUGGCUUCACGCAGAAAGUUUGUACUUGAGCCGAUGACGGCAAUUAUUUUACUACAGGCAGCCUUGCGCGUGCACAUUAUACAAUAAAGGGCAGUUUUUAUGUCCUAGGGA